GAAUGCGCGGAUUCAUCCUUUGUCAGCAACCAUCCAGAGACUCAUCAGGGAGAUCAUUUUGCGGGGGACAGCUAUCAUCCCCAGUGGCAUGGGAAGCACAGUUAUUCUCAGAGUCCACGCCGUCGCCAAAACAAAGCUCCCGCUCAACAGAGAGGCAGCACGCCGAGAGGAAAGGGAUCGAAAGGGCAAGGACGCAAAGGAGGUUUGAAAGGGAAAGAUGCUUCAAAAGGGAUGAACCAGCAACAGCCUGGCCCUUAUUUGGCGCCUCCACCUCCUCCUGCCCUUCCAGAAUGGGCAGUGGGUCAGGGAGAUACGGCUUGGCCUAUUCCACCAUCUUCAUCGACCCCUGCAGUGGCGAAUCCUCCGAUGGUUUUGGCACCCUCGCAAGCGGAGACACAGCUCAAGCAGGUCUUGGCGGUGCUCAAACAGAAUGCAGAUUCUCUCCCCCCUCAGAUUCAGGCGGUUGUGAAGGACACCAAUAUCAAGGAGAGCAAACAUCAGAUCAAGGACAUGCACCAAGCUGUCACAGAAUUGGGCAAGGCACAGCGGCAAUUGGAAGAAGCUUUGUCAGACAGGUCCCAAUCACUUGCAUCGUGGAGGCAAUUUCUUCAUGCAAGUGUGCAGCGUUGGAGCGAAUAUACCAAAAGAUUUCAAGAUCAGGAACAAGCCCACCUAGCAACCAUUGCUCAAGCACGGGACACACUCCGUGCAGCACAGGUGGCAUUCAGAGAGAAGCAGGAUCAGGGGGGCAUCAUCACAGUUCCCGACGAAGAGGAGGCCACGGUACAACCGGAUGUGGCUAUGAGAGACGAAAGUGCUCAUCGGAUCAACGAGGGCCUUCAGCAACUCACCUCAUCGCUGCAGGAGCUGGCAAAUCAAGCAGAUCGAGACCAUGCGGAAGAGCAGUCCAAGAAGCGGCCCAGAAUGAGCACUACCCCAGAGGAGCAAGUUGGCGACAAGGUCCCCGAUGGAGGCAUGUGGGUUGUCCAUCGUUUGAUGAGAGCGUUACUGUUCUGCUUGGACUUGAUGAUGACCUUGCCAUGGGUGCUGAUCAGUGGCAUGGAAGUCUCGGAUAUGGCUCAUGCAACCAAUUGGCACCUGAUACGCUGGCUUUGGGUUCAGAAGAACAAGCUGAUUGUGCUGAUCCCUCUCAAGACAAUCGUGACCAUGCGGAAGAUUGCGAUUUUGACAUACAAGCUGAUGACCCGGAUGGAAGUGAUCCCGGGAGCAGUUCAGAUGGAGGUUGACAACGCUGCCAACAUCAUUGUCAAAGUUGCCCCUGCACAUGCCCCUGCGACUGAUGAAGUGGCAUUUAUGCAGAGGGACACAAGACAGAAUACUCAAGGGCGACGUCAUUCUGGCGGCCAAAGAGGAGGACGAAGCCACCAUGGAGGUUUUUGUCUGAAUGCUGAUGCUGCACCGUUUAUUCCAGACAGACCUUCCAUUGAUACCCAGCCAGAAUUUGUACAAGCUCUUUUUGGACUUUGGGAUCAUGCUGCCUUUGCGUGGGAGAACGAAGAUCGGUCUGGCUUGGUCCAUACUUUCUUUGUUGAUCAUACUGACGUCAUUCCAAUUUGUUCACCUGGACGACUUGUACGUCUCUUUUCGGAUUUUGCCAAUUGGCAACAGCGUCUCAAACAGGCCUGGAGUGAGAAAGUCAGAGAUGGGCAAACUCUGGAAUUUUUGAUUGUCUCACCAACGCCCCGGCCGAUGGAGCAUGAAGUUAUGGCUUGUGUUCUACUUGUGCAGUCUCCUGGUGUUGACAUUGUCUCUGUAGUGGUCUCAGUUUUUGAAGGAGAGGUUCGGCCUUUACCGCUGAGAGCACGCAUUGCUGUCACGAUCUGGGAAAACAUCUACUUGGAGCACAUUUUGACAUCCAUUGGCUACUUUGAUGCAGUCUUGGGUAUGAGACCCACGCAUCAGUGCUGGGCCUGGUAUGGUGACAUCCCUUUGCGUUGGGGCCAGCCCCUGCCAGGUAGAAAUGGCUACGGAAUUGUUGUUCAGCUCCGGCGAUUGCCACCGCUUCCUCCACCUGUGGCUGCCGGUGAUGAAGUUGUGACGUUGCAACUUGCACGACUGAUCCCUCCCCAUUCAAAAGAUGCUUCUUCAGAUGCGAUCUCUGCGGAUGAGCAAUUGCAUACCAGUGCUGUGCGACUUCUACGAGGGCAUGCUGAAGUCACUCCGCUACCUGACUAUGUUGAGGUACUUGAACUUUGCCACAUGCGUUUUCUCCACCAGCUGGGCUAUGAAAAAGCGGUCAUCUUGAAGGAAAGAGUAUGUCUGCCUGGACUUACUGUAGUGGACUUCCAAGAAUCAGUUGGCAUCCUUCACAAGAAGCAGCUGCGGUCAAGACCCUUGAAAGCUUGGCCUCCUGCACGACAGCCUGUUACCUCAAUCACUGAGAUCUUUGCGCCCACCCAGCAGCAGCUUACGAAUCCGACUUGCCUUCUGCGUCUUGGAGUUGAGCUUCAUGACCUAGUUGAGCUUUUCCAGUCCUCAGGGACAUUAUGCACCUCUUUUGAAGGUAUUGAAAUUCCGGAAGUUGCGCAGCCCUUUUUGGUCACUCUGCAACCAGCUCAGAAGUAUGACCGCAUCAUCAUCUAUGUUGAUGGUUCUUCUCAAUCCUUGCAGAAGCAUUGUGCUCCUCUCUGGGUGGACUUACAUGGCAUACCAGACUCCUGGGCAUUUGUCGCCAUUGGAGAGACUUAUGAUGUGCCAUCAGACCAAGCUUUCUGUCUCCUUGGGUGGCAGGCUCAGCAAGUGAGAUAUGAAGAGUCCAACCCUGCAUUUGCAGGGGCUACCCGAAUAGGCUCUCUCAUUGCAGAAAGAGAGGGUCUUUUCUUUGCUGCCCUAUGGCGCCUCUGCCGCAAUGAAAACACUGCCACCCUCUUCCGUAGUGACUCGCAAUUAUGCUGCGAGCAAGCGCAAGGAACUACUGGAUGUGCGGAUUUGGACUUGUCUUUCAUGCUUUUCCGCGGCGUUUUUCAAGCACUUGAAGAGGCACUUCCGCAUGGGCAUUUGCAAGUUGAACAUGUACAUGGUCACAAUGGAGAUGCUUUGAAUGAAGUCACAGACACGCUGGCAAAGAUCGAGGGCACCAAAAGUUUCUUUCUUCCAAGACAACCUGUUGAUCUCUGCAAAUGGAAAAGCGUGAUUCCACACCUUUGGCUACUAUUUGCUGAACACCAUGGUGGUCCCAAGUUCUGUGGCAAUGGUUUUGACGUUGCACGUCCAAGUUUGCCUCCUCUGCAGUCUAUUGCUGACGCUGGUGGCAACAGUCUAGUGUCACACACUUGGCACAGGGCAGCAUGGAAGCUUAGCUUGGCCUCUGCCAAUGUGACUACUUUAGGCUUUGGCGAGGGAGGAUACCAGGGCAAACUUGACUUCCUGCGAGCGCAAUUUGUUGCCUUCAACUUGCACAUUUUGGGUAUCCGGGAAGCUAGGCAUCGGAUCCGCAGUUCUUUGGAGUCCAUUAGUUUGAUGAAUCACAAGGUAGCACCUUGGAGCACUGACGUUGAGAGCCACCUACAUGAUUUGAAUGCGCAUUUUCUUUCUCAACUUCAAAGCUGUCGGGCACAGAAGAAGCGGCCCAAAAAGCCCUUUCUUUCUGAUGACAUUUGGGCACUGCGUAGCCGAAAACUAUGUCAUCGCCGACAACUGCGAUUUGUGCAGAAGAUGAUUGGCCGAGAGACCAUCUCUCUUUGUUUCAGAGCCUGGAAGAAUGAGCAUUUUCAAACAAGUGAUGGACCUUCCACUGCAGAGUUCUCAUUUGGUGCCACACUUCGAUGUGGUGGAAUCAAACAUGCAGCGGGACUUAUUUCUGCAGCCAGACAGCUUCGCAAAGAACUUCGUUUUGCCAAGAGGGUUGCCUUGACCAAGGUUUUUGACUCCUUUCCUGAUAAUGUCUCAGCCUCGACCAUCCUUCAUGAGUUGAAACCAUUUAUUGGUAGCUCCAAUGCCAAGAAGAGAGGAAUUCAGCCAUUGCCUUUUGUCCGCGAUGAAAAUGGGCUACCUUGUGCUGACCCAUGUGAGGCAAGGGAGCGCUGGAUUCGCUUUUUCAUGCAGAUGGAAGCCGGCAAGAGGAUGGACGCUAUUGAACAGCGUAGUCGAUGGAUCCAGACUUUGGGGCAAAUUGGAGUUGAACAAAUGGAUGUUGCGAUCCAAGAAGUGCCAACGCUGACUGAACUGGAACAAGCUAUGAGGCGAACUCGCGUUGGAAAGGCUACAGGCCCUGACCAACUUCCAGCGGAAUUAUUUCACUAUUUCCCGGCCGCAGUUGCCAAGCAGUCCUUUUCCUUGUUGUUGAAGACUGCCCUCCAGGGGCAUGAACCCUUGCUCCACAAGGGUGGCUGGCUUUUUCCUCUUUGGAAAGGGAAAGGAGAUAAAGGAGCAUGUGAAUCUUUCCGUUCUAUUCUCAUCAGUUCACAUUUGGGCAAGAGCAUUCAUCGUACGUUGAGGAUCAAGCAUGCUAGUGUGUAUGAGAAGUACAUGCAAGCCCAACAAAUUGGCGGCCGGAGAGGCACACCGGUGACCUUAGGAGUCCAUCAAGCCCGUGCAUUUCAAAGGAUCCAUUGUGCACGUGGGCGAUCCACGGCCCUUAUAUUUUUAGAUCUCACCAAAGCGUUUUAUAGAGUCAUCAGACAGCUUGCUCUGCCUCUCGAAUGCCCGGAUGAGCUUCUAGCACAUGUGGCGGAUCGCCUGAAUCUUGGACAGGAUGCUCUUCAUGAGCUCCAUGAGCUCCUGGGAAGCUCUUGCGCAGUUGAGGAGGCAUCAUUGCCAGUACAUGCACAACGAGCUUUCAGUGCACUGCAUCAAGGUACUCAUUUUGGGCUCCACGGUCAGUCGGACCGAUGUGAUGGACCUUUGCUCUUUGAUGUCCUUCAUGGUGUGGAUACGGGCAACAUUGGCUUUGUGGGUCCUUGCUGGUGUGAUGAUCUUUGUGUUUGCGUCAGUGCAGAUCGAGUGGAUGAUCUGACUGCACUCACCGGUGAAGUUCUGGUGAAAACGGGUCUCCCUUCACCCUCAGAGCUCUUGCGCCUGGCGCGUCUACGGUACCUGAGUUCUUUGGUU